AUGGAGAGCCUCGAAAAAAAGCUACAAGAAGCAGCUUUGACGGGGAACGUCGAUUUACUGCAGACUCUACUGAACGAAGACCCGAUAAUUCUCGACAGAGUUUCGUUGAACCAUUCAUCCGAAACUCCUCUGCAUGUAGCGGCCAUUUUAGGCCAUGUCGAUUUUGCAAAGGAAGUCAUAAGGAUAAAGCCUCAUCUCACGAGCGAGGUCAACUCACAGCAAUCGACUCCUCUGCAUCUGGCAUCUGGUAAAGGGCACGUCGACGUAGUACGGGCCUUGAUAAGUGUUGACCCUGACUCAUGCACGGCCCGUGACAAGAACGGGCUCACGCCUCUUCAUUUGGCAGCUGUCAAAGGCCGGGUCGAGGUGCUGAAAGUGCUGCUUGAGGCGAAAGCCGAUGCGGCCCGACUUAGAGCGUAUAGAGGAGAAACUGUCUUGCAUUUGUGCGUAAGAUAUUACCAGUUGGAGGCUUUGAAGCUUCUUGUGAGGGCUAUUGAGGGGCCCGAAUUGGUGAACGCUAGAGAUGAUGAUGGAAAUACUGUCCUGCAUUUAGCUGUGGCGGAUAAGCAAGUUGAGACGGUCGAUUUCUUGACGAGUGUUCGCGGACUGGAAGUGAACGCGCCAAACCUCAACCGAAUGACGCCGUCCGAUAUCCUAAUCCGAACAAAAACGGACCCUCUUAGGGACCCGCAAAUUCAAGAAUGCCUCGGAAAAGGCCCCACGCCCGCCGCUCGAAACCCAUCGGGCGGGACCCGGGCGGUGCAGCACGAGCACUGGCUAGAGCAAAAGCGGAGCUCCCUAAUGGUGGUGGCCUCCCUUAUUGCGACCAUGGCUUUCCAGGUCGGGGUGAACCCCCCGAGCGGGGUGUGGCAGGACGACGGUGGGCCCCACGUGGCCGGGUACGCCAUACUGGCACGCAACUACCCGAGGUCUUACGUGAGGUUCUAUGGGGUCAACACGACGGGCCUCGUAGCCUCCCUAAGCAUCAUAUUGCUGCUCGUGAGCGGGCUGCCCCUGCGUCGAAGGCUCUUUGUGUGGGUCCUCAUGGUGAUGACAUGGGUCGCCAUCACGGCGGUCGCGCUGGCAUACGUGUUUGCCAUAUUUGCGCUCACACCAACUGAGCAAGAGACGUCUAUCCUCUACGUGGUGGGAUGGUAUGUCAUCGUGUGGGCCGUCCUCAUGGCCCUGCUCCUCAUCAGCCACACCCUUCGACUGAUGGUCAAGCUGUCGGGCGCCCUGCGCCCGACUAGAAGAAGGAUGAUGCUCGCGCCGCAGGCUGUUUAA